AUGCAGCGCUGCGCCCAGAGGCUCGCGCAUCAGGCCUCACGAUUCUCGGCACCGGUCAUCCGCGGUAGAAGCCUGAGCAGGGAGUCGUUCCUGGUCUCCAACCCCUACGAUGGCGCGAGGUCCUUCACGACACCCACGCUCGUGUGCCACGCACGGGCGACGAAGGAGAAGGGCAGCGUGCCUGUGGACUCCGCCGAUGCCAAGGCCAGCGCCCUGGACCACGUGAUGAAGGAGAUUAACAGCCGGUUUGGCAAGAACAGCAUCAUGCUGCUAGGCGACAACAAAUUUGGGGAGGUGCGCACCACGCCCUCAGGCGCCCUGACCCUGGACAUCGCGCUGGGCGGGGGCUACCCCGUGGGCCGCAUCGUGGAGAUCCUGGGCCCCGAGGCCAGCGGGAAGACCACCCUGGCCCUGCACGCCAUGGCUGAGGUGCAGAAGCGCGGCGGUGCCGUAGCCCUGAUCGACGCCGAGCACGCCUUCGACCCCCUCUUCGCCAAGCCCGACUCGGGGGAGAUGGCGCUGGAGGUGGCGGACUCGCUCAUGCGCUCCGGCGCGGUGGACAUGGUGGCGGUGGACUCGGUCGCCGCGCUGGUGCCACGCGCCGAGCUGGAGGGCGAGAUCGGGCAGACCCAGAUCGGGUCGCAGGCGCGGCUGAUGAGCUCCGCGCUGCGCAAGAUCGCGGGCAACGCCUCGCGCCACGCCUGCACCCUGCUCUUCAUCAACCAGAUCCGGCACAAGGUGGGCGUCAUUUUCGGCAGCCCCGAGACCACCAGCGGGGGCAUGGCGCUGAAGUAUUAUGCCAGCGUCAGGCUGGAGGUGCGCCCCAAGGAGAAGAUCAUGGCCGACGGCGAGCAGGCCGGCAUCAAGAUUAAGGCAAAGUGCACCAAGAACAAGGUGGCGCCGCCAUACCGCAUCGCAGAGUUUGACAUCAUGUUUGGCAGCGGGAUCAAUGGCGCGGGUUGCGUGCUGGAUGCCGCCGAGAAGGUGGGCGUGGUGAUCAGGCGGGGAGCCUACUACUACCUGGGCGAGGAGCGGCUGGGACAGGGCCGGGAGAAGACGUUGGAGACCCUGGCGGAGAGGCCAGAGCUGCUCAGCCACCUGGAGGAGGAAACGCGGCAGGUGCUGACCAAAGGUGGGCACGCAGUUGGGGACGCAUUUGGCGAGGCCUCCAGCAGCGAGGAGGAGCCGGAGUUCCUGAGCGAGGCCGACGAGGGCGAGGCGGAGGCAGGAGGCUUGGACGCCGAGGCCGUACAGCCGUGA